GUGGCGGGCGCGCGCGUGCUCAGUGGCGGUCUGGACACGCCUGGCCGCGGCCACGACCUGCGGGACGUGGUGGCUGUGCUCGUCACGCCCGAGACCACCCAUACAGCGCUGGCUGACCCCGUCGAAUGGGUCAUAGAGGAGGGCGGAGACAUAUCGCUGCUGCGAGAGCUCUCCAUGGAGCCAAGCCGGUCGGCGCUGCCGCAGCGGGUCGCCGCGCUCGUCACUGAUCAGAACGAGACCCUGCUGCGGGCUCUCCGGCUGCCUAAUGUCAGGGUUGUCGUGUAUGCCACCCACUCGGCUAACCGGGCCGAGAACGAGGAAGUGGUGUUCGGUGUGGUGGACGAGGUCAACGAGCAGCAGCGGCGGCGGUGGCAGGCCGCGCGGGACCACAGCAAGCUGGAGACCGAGACCCCACCGGACAAGCUGUUCGAGUUCCGUCAGCUCGUAACCAUACCGGACGAAAACAACGAAGACAUUGGCAUUCCAUUUCUCGUACUGCCACAGACCUCGACGUCGUCGGGAGUCUUCAUCUCCGUGAUAGUGAAAAACAUGGACUUCAUCCAGCGGGAGCACCGGUCCGUCAUUGACGACGCGUUCGGCAUGGGCAUGCUAGAUAAGGUGGGGGGUCCGGCGCCGGCCACCGAGCCAGCCGAGAGCCGACCCAGCCGCCGCAAGCUGCGUCGGCCCAGGGCGGCCGUGCGCUCCGACCGGCUGAUCGUAGUCGGCAAGAAGGAGCCGCCACCGGCAGCCGCCGCCGCCACCACCACCGUACCGCUCCACGUGCAUGCGGCUGACAAGACGUCCCGCGAAGCUAUCCGCGCCAUCCAAGAGCAGAUGGAGGGCGCCUGGGGCGCGGCGCGCCGCGAGCGGGACGCCGACACAGCGACCAUGCGCGACCUGGAGGACCUGGAGCGGACGCGGCUGGGCGACGACGAGGCGUCGCAGGGCGACGCGGCGCGCUGCAGUCUGCCGCGCCUGCCGCCACGCACCCGCCACCUCUCGCUCGGCCCGCCCCUGCGCAUCCACAAGGUCAACAUCGGCGAGAUGCUGCCGCUGGCGCUGCAGGCGCCGCCCGUGUUCUGA